GGUAUUACAGCAGAGCACGUGAAAAACCUCUACAGAAUGCAACAAGACAGCAUUGUGAAGCCAGUGAGGUUCUUGACCAGGAAGCACGUAUUUCCCAGUAACCUGGAGAAAAUGAAUGUCAGAAGAGCAGUGCAACUGCUGUCGCCUGCCGUGACUGCAGCCCUCAAGCUCUUCAAGCAGCAGGCGGGGCACACCUGCGAUGCAAGUUUUUUGGAUGUUGAUGAAACUGUUCAGUUCAUGGACACUGUCCAUCGGUGGUUUCUGUUGAUGGAUGUGAGCAACUGCUCACAACACAUACAUCAGAACAACCCAGACUGCAGGCAGUUUGACUCUGAGAGCGAUGAGCGUCUGGAGUGGUUAGAAACAACCUUCAUAGACUAUCUUUCUACCAUGAAACGCCAAUGCCUCGCAAAGAACUUUUUGACCAAGGAGACAUACCAAGGGCUGGUCAUGACUACGCAUUCUAAUGUCGAGUGCGUUAAGUAUCUGCUGACAGAGAGUAAUUUCCUCUUUGUGCUAACUAGGAAAAUGUCUUCUGACCCCAUUGAGUCAUUCUUCGGGUGGCUCAGAAGGUCAGCAGGGAGCAAUGACCAAACAGAUGCCAGAGCUGUUCUGUCUGGAAUCGAGAAAAUGUUGAAGACGGGUAUUGCUUCCAAGUCGGACUGCAGUAACGUCGUCUCUGUUGAUAACAGCAGUUCUUUGUCAACGAUGCUACGAGAUCAGACAACCAUGGCUGAGCAGGCUGCAGGACAUUUCCCCAGGGAAGCGUUAACAACGCUAUCAGAGAACCUGAACGAGGACAAGGCACUACUACCGACUCCAGAUAUAGCUGCUCUAGCUAUGGUCGGUGGCUACCUGGCAAGAGCUAUAGGGGAGAGGACCUCCUGCGAAGGGUGUUUGAGCCUCCUGACGAAGCCGAGCUCUUCAGCGCCGUCAGAUGCACUGAUUAAACAUCAAGACAGGGGCGGGCUCCUCUACCCAUCUGGAGAGCUGCUACACGUUCUGUACAGCUUGAGAAGGUACAUUGAGGUUGUACUGGCCAAAAAAAGAAACCUGAAGCGCCCGCUCAAAGAGGCCGUGGACAACGCUGCUAAAGUACUUCGAGAGCGCAAUCUUCUCGUGUGCACAGUGCCGGGGCACCAUGAAAAGCUCGUGGAUGUACUGCUCACAAAGUUCUUCCGUCCCAUUUUUACAAAUUUCGCCAUGAAAGUGACGGACAAGCAUGACUUCGUGAGGAUCUUUGAAGUGAAGCCACUUUCGCGAAAAGUACUAAAAUUGUGAUUACUGGUUGUGAACAGCGUCAACGAUUGGACUAAAGCUCGUCUGGUUGAAAGUAGAUUCAUGAAACUCUCGAUCGGCACCCUCUUAUUCGUUUCCGCAGGUCGCGAAUGAAUUCAAACGCAAUAAACAAGUUUAUUUGCCAU